GAGAGAGAGAGAGAAAAAAAAAUCCCCCCCCCUCCCCUCCCCUUUGAAUAAAUAUUUAUAUGAAAAGAAAUUGUGAACAAUCGAUUUAUCAUGGAGGAUAAGAAAGAUGAACACGAGUCAGAGAUACAGGAACAUUGCCCUGAACACUGGUUUUCCAAAUGGGAGAGGCAGUGCCUGGCGGAGAGCGAGCAAGAGGAGCAAACCCAGGAGGAGAGGGCGUCGCUAGAGGAAGAGCAGACCCAGCAAAAACUUUGGCAUUUAUUUCAAAAUUCGGCCACCGCCGUCGCCCAGUUAUACAAAGAUCGAGUCUGUCAACAACAAGGGCUGUCACUAUGGGUCCCGUUUCAAAAUGCUGCCUCGGCUGUCACCAAUGUGUAUAAAGAAAGUAUUGAAGCUCAUCGCCGAAGCUAUGACUUAGGAAUUCAGGUCGGUUAUCAACGACGUAAUAAGGAUGUAUUAGCUUGGGUAAAAAAGAGGAGACGAACCAUUCGAAGAGAAGAUUUGAUCAGCUUCUUAUGUGGAAAAGCUCCACCACCACGCAACACCAGAGCUCCCCCUAGACUGACAGUAGUAACCUCUCCCACUAGAGCACCUACAACAGAAACUAGUUCAUCUGUAGAGACUGACUUGCAGCCUUUUCGUGAAGCCAUUGCACUACAUGGUCUUAGUGGGGCAAUGGCUAGUAUAAGUGUACGCUCAAGUACUCCAGGGUCUCCCACUCAUGUAAGUGGUAGCUCCAACACUUCUCGCAGGAGAAAUGGACUCCAUGACGUGGAUUUGAACACUUUCAUAUCAGAAGAAAUGGCGCUCCACUUGGACAAUGGUGGCACUAGGAAGCGUACCUCAGCCCAGUGUACUGAUGUCAUCACAGACUCCCCAACGCACAAGCGCAAUCGAAUGCUUUGAACUUUUAUAUGGUCGCUGUGCUACUUGAAAGCCACUUGAUACUCGACACUUUCUUGAAUGGAAAUGGAGGGCCAUCAUAACUUGUUUGAUUGUGAAAGUACAAGUGAAUUCAAUAAUGAUUGCCAUAAAGGAAGUUCUAACUAAUGCAGUAGAUGCCUCUUGUAAUUAUGGCUUUCCCAAUACUGGUCUUGUGACAGAGGACAUCCAACCAUUUGUGUAGUAGUUAGCAAGAUCAUCAUAGGUAAACACAUUAGAUUCCAAGCUAAAGUGACCUUAACUUGUUUCCUUUUAAAAGGAAGGGGAAUAUUGGAUGUUAAUUUGGUUAAAACUGUUAAUUGCCCUUUUUAUUUCCUUCUGUGUUGACUGUCUGCUUCAACAGUAUUGCCAGUAUAUCACUGAUAGUCUAUGUUAAAAUGGCAUCUUCUGUCAAAUCUGCAGACUUCCAUUUUACAGCACUGUACUAAGACAGUACUGGUUUUUGUAUAGUGCAAACAUAAGUUGUAUCAAUAUUGGACUAUUUUUAGUUAAACUCAAGCAGCUGCUAAUUCUGUGGAUUGUGGAAAUGGUGCUAUGAUGGUCAUGCAAUUAAUACUAAAUAUCAAAUCAACAUAAAGAUCUUUAUUGGAUUCACUUCUUGUGUUUUAGUGUUGCAAAAAUUACAACAAUAAUAUUGACUUUCCCAUAAAAAUUCUAAAAAAGUACUCUUAUGUUUAAAUAUAUAAAUAUAUAUAAAUAUAUGUAAUGUAUAUACUAAGCAUUUGGAUGCUGGUAUAGUACUCGUGCUACAUAAUGUAAAUAAAAUGUGCACACCAAA